AUGCGGCUGGCGCAUUUGAAAUACUUUCACUCUGCUUCCAACGGCGUCAGUGCCCGCAGAGACAAGGAGGACAUGCACGACGAACUGACUCUCCUCAAAAAGAGUCUCCAUGAGCAGAAGUCUGACAACCAGAAAAUGAAAGCCAAAAUUCGCCGCCUGGAGGAAGACAACACCAAAAGAGAGAGGCAGCUGGAAGAGCUCCUGGAUCCCACCAAAAAGUCAGAAUACACUCGCAGCUUGGUGGAUCGCAGACACGAAGGAAGUGUGGUUCUGAACGGGUUGAAGCAGAGAGUACUGAAACUGGAGCAGCAGUGUCGAGAGAAGGAGAACACCAUUGGUAAACUGCAGAACGAGCUGAGGGCGACCAACUUGGAGGAGAUGAGGAUGACUUUGAAGAACUACUAUGAAGAGAUCCAAAGACUGAGGAUACUUCUUGACGCUUCAGAGAAAAGCGGUCUAGCAGACAGUAAAGUCUUCCGGAGGCAGCAGAAGGCUCUGAGUUCCACAGUUCUCCGUCUAUCUGAGAACCUCAAGCAGAUUCAGCUGGAGAACGCCGCGCUCAGACAGGAGCUCGACACCGAGAGCCCCUCUGUCGGAGUCAAAGGUUACAAAGAGUGGAGCAAAUACCGCCUCUUGAGAAGACUGCUGGAAUUGGAGAAAAAGCUGGAAGAAAGCACCAGAAGGACAAAACACUUGGACCAGGCGUCUCAGACCACACUCCCUGGUAUUCUUCACAAACUCUGUACAUCUAUGUAGGUGCCUUAUGAGACGUACAUUGGCAUGUGCGGAGAUGUUGGUAUGGUGUACACGUGUGGUGAA